AUGUCCUGGAAAGACAAUUUUGGGUUCACAGACCGGUUGCGAGCCAUACAGUCUCUCACGACAGCUUACCAGCAGGCUUCUUCUUCGCCUACCUCUGCAUUUGCAGAAGCUAUGGCCCAAGCCAAGCGAGUCGAAACCGAGGCGUUUGAUAAGGCGACCUCGAAAAACGCAUAUGAUUAUAUCUGCCAACGGGCAAUUGAUGAAGCUGAAUUAGCAUCAUCCAAAGAGCUAGACACUAGCAACCUACAGCAUGUAGAGGAUAACGAUGAAGACCCAGAGACGUCAACUAGGCAAGUGAUCGGCCAAUAUCGGUCUUGUUUUGACCACUAUGCUGGUCUCCACUCCUCCAUCUACAGAUCAAAGUUGGAAGAUGGGACCGUUCGAGCAGUGAAAGUCACUAUUCCCCAUAUGAUGAUAGCCCCGCAUGAUGCUCACCGUGAAGCACGGUUGCUGCGUGAAGCUUCCCACGACCACAUAAUUCCAUUGAUCGAGACGUUUAACCUUGAUGGUGGGCGAUUUGUCUUGGUAUUUCCUUUUGUGCGAUAUGACUUCGAGCAGUUGCUCCGGCGAGACAUGGUAACUGCUGCUCAAACACGGUCGAUUCUGCGAGAUCUGUUCCAUGCCCUUACCCAUCUCCACAGCAUGGGUAUACUUCAUCGGGAUAUCAAGCCUUCCAAUAUUCUUAUGGACUCUCCUAAUGGACCAGCCUAUUUGGCAGAUUUCGGCGUUUCGUGGAAAGAAGACGAUACAGGAUCUGAGCCACACACGCAGAAAAUCACAGAUGUGGGCACGACCUGCUAUCGACCCCCAGAAAUUCUAUUUGGAUUCAAAAGAUACGGGACAUCCCUCGACAUGUGGGCUGCCGGCUGUGUAGUGGCAGAAGCCAUUGCCGUCGGCCACCAGCAGCUUUUCGACUCCGGGCCUGUGGGCAGCGAUCUAUCGCUGAUUUUCUCCAUCUUCAAAUUACUGGGCACUCCGGACGAACAGCGCUGGCCGGAAGUGAAGGUCUUGCCAGAUUGGGGAAAAGUGGAAUUCCAUUCUUUCCCCACGCAGCGAUGGGAUGACAUCCUCCCGGGUGCAUCGUCGAAUGGCCGUGAUUUAGUCAGCAAUCUAUUGCGCUAUGAGAGCAGCGAGAGACUCUCAGCAGCGGAGGCCCUUGCCCAUCCAUAUUUUGCUCAGAGUUGA